AUGAAGACCUCAACCAUCGCCACCAUCUUUGCCGUCAUCACCAUGGCAGUUGCUGUUCCCAACGCCAAACCCAACGCCGACCCUCAGGGAUCUAGCUGCCGCACCAACGACCCCAACCAGAAGUGCCACCCUCCUAGGGCUGAGGCUCUUGCCGUUCGCGAGCCAGAGGCCGACCCUCAGGGAUCUAGCUGCCGCACCAACGAUCCCAACCAGAAGUGCCACCCUCCUAGAGCUGAGGCUCUUGUCGCUCGCGAGCCAGAGGUUAUUGUCGUCCGUGAGCCAGAGGCUGAGCCAGAUGCCGACCCUCAGGGAUCUAGCUGCCGCACCAACGACCCCAACCAAAAGUGCCACCCCCCUAGGGCCUAA